UGGGUGCAGGAUCCGAGAUUAACCCAACACUGCAUAUUGUGUUACAGUUAUCGUACAUAUAUAUACUGGACGAGCAGUCCCAGACAGAUUUAGUCUGGUCCUCAAUCGGCGAGACUGCAGCACUAUAUCACAGCACAGCUACUAGUACAACACAGCAGAGCACAGCACAACGCAGGCCGGUGAUUUAUGAUUGACAGGGGCAUGAUCAUAGUGCACAUCAACCGGAACACCGACCAGCAGAAGCCACAUCGAAAACGGCUGCUGACUUCCGAGUGUUCAGUGAGGACUUGGAGUGACUUGCUGCAAAUUACAUUGCAUUGAGAGAAUACUCAUCUGGUUCAAUUACUGAGCACCGGUAGUAGCGGAGAACGUUACCCUAUGUAUAGUGUCGCUGAUAAGUGACUCCAAACAGUAUGCUACGGUGAAACGCGAGGAUAUACCAUGUAAAAAAUUGUGAGGGAUUAUUAAUUUACAUUUAGACUCGUCCUUCUAAUUCUGAUUAUUGGUGACUUAGUUUUGGAUAGAUAUGAACGGCCUGUAUUUGUUUUGUGUGGGGGUGGUGGUUCUGGGCUUGGCGUCCCGGGGAUGUGGGUACAGCACGUACCCCCGUCGCUAUAAUAGAGACAGCGUGUGGGGCACCUGCCCCCAGCACUGUCGGUGUAUGACCCUCAACAGCCGAGGGACCCGGGGGCUGCUGGAUACCUGGGGCGAGGAGCAAGUGUCCGAAAAAACUCUGAAAUAUUUUUCCGGGGGUAUCAACGACGAGGCAGCGAGGAACGGCCGCAGCAUGGUGUGUCAGGGGCUGCGGACCCUCCCCGACCCCAUUCCUGCAGAUAUAUCCAAAUUAACAAUAUUCGGCGACAGUAGCGGAAGUGGACAAGGAAAGACUGACGUCAUAGAAGAUACCCGGAUUAAGACGCUGGAGAGACGAUCUUUCCGCGGGAACAUGCGCCUGAAAGAAAUCACGAUGUCUGGUAACAACCUGGGCAUCCUCUAUCCGUACGUUUUCUACCACCUACGAGAUCUGAAGAUUCUUAAUUUGCCAAACAACAAUAUCCGCCAUAUGUCGGCGGCUGCGUUUCACGGGCUGUUUAGCUUGCACGAACUGAAUCUGUCGGACAACAUGAUUCGCUUUUUGCCGACUCCUGUAUUCAAUUACCUCCGUGAAUUGCGAAGCGUUAAUUUGAAUGGCAAUAAAAUCAGAGCCAUACAAAGAAAUAUGUUCCGAGCUCUGGGUAAGCUGGAGAAACUCGACUUGUCGAGAAACAAUAUAACAGACAUGUACGAUGAUACUUUCAGAUAUAAUUCGGAACUGACUGAACUUUACCUCAGUGGAAACCGGUUAUGGAAACUCCGACCGGAAUGGUUCCAAACAUUACCUAAACUCAAAAGUCUGUCCCUGAGGGGUAACAUGAUAAAAACCGUAGAGCCCAAUACGUUCACUAACCUCCCUAACCUAAAAGAACUCCUACUCUCCGCCAACAUGAUUCAGACCCUGAAAGACGGGGCCUUCAAAAACCUGAAGAGUCUGGACAUCCUAGACGUGUCCACCAACGAUCUGACGACCGUCCCUACUUCCUGUUUCGAGGACCUCCAAUCUUUGCAUGAGCUUUACCUGGGGAAAAACAAACUCUCCAUCAUUAGGAACGGAACGUUUAGUUUUGGCGGUAAUCUGAAGAGACUGGAUCUGUCGGGUAACUUAAUAGAAACUGUAGAAAGAGAGGCCCUCUACCCGAUCAACCAAGUUCAUACCGUGGACUUCUCAAAGAACAAAAUCCGAGUGCUCACCAAAGACUUUAUUAACGGUCUACAUAACCUUCAAGACCUUAACUUUGCCGAUAACUUUAUUGAGGACAUCGAGGAAAGCGCAUUCAUUGGAGCAGUAAAGCUCUCUCAGUUAAACCUCAAGUCCAACGAUUUAAGCAGCAUCGGCCAGAAAACCUUUGAACCAUUGACAAUAUUAAAGUCUUUGGACUUGGGACACAACAAGAUUAGCAACAUUCACCCCAGUGGUUUAUCAACACUUAGAAACUUACGGUCUUUAAACAUCAAUGACAACAAAUUACCAAAACUAGAGGGUAACAUGUUUUUAUCGUUGUUUAAACUUCUCGAGUUGGAUGUUUCAAACAACAGGAUCAACGAGUUGUCAAACAACAGUUUCGUAGGCCUACACAAUUUGGAGGACCUUGAUCUGGAAUCUAGUAACAUCCACACCAUUGCUCCCGAAACCUUUAGAUCCUUGCCUAGAAUUGUUACUCUUGAUCUCAAAGGAAAUAAACUAAUAAGUUUUAAUUUCUCGGUAAUAUCUGAGCUGCCAUACUUAUCAAUGGUUGACCUAAGCGAGAACAAACUGUUCAACAUUCAGAUCGGAAAUGACGUUAAACUACGGCUAACUGAACUAAGUCUCUCAAAGAACAACCUGAAGGAAUUAUCUGAGAGGAUUAAGAGGAUUAUGUCGUCAUCAUCGCUGCUGCUGCUGGACGGGAAUCCCUGGACGUGUAACUGUAAAGCAAAAUGGCUGAAAGACCCCAUGUUGUCCCGACAGAUCCGGGUCCAUUCUUCCAAUGACGUCAUAUGCAAAUCACCAAACAAACUUCACGGUAAAAAGUUGUUUGACCUCACUGACAAGGAUCUCUCCUGCCAGACAACAAAGGACAGGAACUCCACGGCUCUCCAGAUGUGUGAGGCCUCCACCUUUGUCAAGAAGCGCUGGUACACCCCACGAUCUGUUCGGAAGGCCUUACUGUCGCGACACGCGACUAUCGUUGAUGACAAAGGAGCUCCGAUUGUAAACGGAAUAAUGGUGUCCGAGGAUUGGGUCCUAACAAUAGGAACGAGAGCAAACGAGAUUCUACAGUCCACGAACCCUAACAGUAUCCGAGUCAAAGUAGGGAGAACCAAGGGCUACAGGAACAUAGUGCGGACAUUCGUCCACCCCCUGGUACAGUACGGGUCGGAAUUUAACGUGGCCUUACUGAGACUGCGCUACCACAGGAGGAGCCCUGACCAGUCAUGCAUCAUCAGCAGUAAACAGUACAGCGUGCUGACCAGUAUCUUCAAACACAUCAUCGUCACCACCCGGAUGACUGGCAAGACGGGAAAGUUUGCUAAACUAAAACCCCGCAAAGGGCGCAUCUCAAAACCAUGUUCUCAGAAAAAUCUGAUCUGUGCGACCAUCAAGAGACCCAAGAGGCCGCUUAUGCUAAUGGAGGGAUCGCCGAUGUAUCUAGGUCAUAAUGGCGACUACCGCUUGGCCGGGAUAGGGGUUAACGUCCCCGCGGUGAAGGACUACAAGUACGAUUUUAUUCCGCUGUGGUCAGUGUCGAACUGGGUACAGGAUGUGUUGGACGAGUAUAACGCCAAGUGUCACUUUAAUUCUCGGGGAGUAGACGUGUGUGAGGAGCUCUCUUUGCCAACGUUAAAAGACAUGGAGGAUAGAAUUCGCAGGCCAGAGCAGCACUAAGCACGAAUUGUGAUUUAUUGUCUUUUUUCUUUCAAACAGUGCUGAAAUACUGCACUAUAAUGCGUGACAAUUUUGUGUAAUGGGGGGGUAAUGGCGCGUUAAGAUUACCCCAUAGAGAACGGUAUAAUCAAUGAGACACAAAAAGAUUCAAAGUAAUAUCCAAUAUUACUCAACUCCCUCCAUUACCUAGAUUACAAAAUUCCGCCAAUUUAGCGGGAAACCCAUUGCAUAACCUCGAUGUUCAUUGACAUUCAAUGUUAUUUAUUCCGAUGUGGUGAGAAGAUGGUAUAGUUUAUUAUAACUAUUAGCUGAGCGACGUUUUUGUGGCGAUUGCCGCUUAGAUAGGACUACGUUGCUGAGUGCCUAGUCCGACUUCGUGUGACUCGAUUUCCCGUCGCCAUCUUUUUUACACACUUAUGUAUUGUUUGAUGUUUCACUUUAUAUACUUCAAACACGGGGAGGGGAGCGGUGUAAACUGCUUGAGGGUGCUUCCUCCUCUCUCUCCCCGCGCCAUUAGACUUUGUCCGUACAGCGGAAAAUGUCAUUCACGAUCUUAAUGAUGUUGUGGCCAGGAUGCUAUUCUUAUUGUAUAAAUUGGAUAAAUAUACUACAGGUUUUGUGACUGAAAUAGCCGUUUUUAGUUAUUUUGAUACAAAAAUUGUUGUCAUGUAGUCUGUGACAGAUCGUUAUCAUUUUGUUGUUACUUUAAUUAAACUUAAAUUACAUUGAA